GCGGCCGGGGGAGGGCCCGCGGGGGAUCACAAAAGCUACUGGAAAAAACAGGCUUUGCGGUGACGAGUCGGUGCUAGUCUGACGCUUUAACGAUUAUCAAGCCGUUGUCGUUUCGGGAGUGGUUCAGGUUGGACGAUUUUCGCCGCAUUUGAGCGGAUUAGAGACGCCGGCCGUGCGGAGGUUUCUGUGGCUCCGCCGCCGCCGCCGCUCUCAGCCUCGCUGUGAAGCUAACGCUAGCUAGCACCUAGCGGGAUACGUUAGCUGUUGGUUAACGUUAAAUAGUGCCACGGAGGUAAAAACACGGGUCCUUAUUUUGUCAUUACCGGUGUCGUGUAGUGUAGAAACAGAGAAGACUGCUUUUAUAGCGGCGGGUCAUGUUAUAUUUACGCUCGGUGGUACAGUUAGCAGUGCCACGCUAGCUGUGUUGUUAGGAUUACACGGUUAAGUGUCGGCUAAUGAGGAAGCCAUUGCCAUGCUCCAUCAACUGACUCUUUUGUGCAACGUGACAAAGCCUCGGUAGAACUGCUCAACAGCUGUCUGUGGCCGAAAACUUGCAUUAUGUUUUUUUGUCGCUAAAGUUGCAUUUAUGGUCGCUACAGGCAGCGGUGGUGUUAAACUGUGGCUAAAUGUUGGUCACUAGUUGCCCCCCCAAGGCUACUCGUGUCACAGGACAGUCACACUGUGGAAAAGCAGUUUUUUUUGUUUAGGUGUGACAAACCAGCUGCCCACCUGCCGAGUGACAGUGCUCCUGGACUGUCACACAGCUAAUAUACAUGAUGUCAGUCCUGGCGGUCGACACAAAGUGUCACAUUGCAUGUUUCCACCCUUUGGUAUGUGGAUAACACCACCCAUGCUGUGUGUGUGUGGCACUAUGCUCGAGUCCCACCUUCUAACAGGGAGCUCAGACAAAAUACACACUGAUCGAUGAACAGGACAUACCGCUUGUGGAAAACUAUGCCUUUGAGGCGCGCAUGGAGGUAGAUGCAGACGGCAAUGGAGCUAAGAUCUUUGCCUACGCUUUCGACAUCGGCAAAGGCCGCUGGGCGGGAAGGCCGUUGCAUGAGCUGCUCUGGGAGAAGCACAGAGGAGGCAUUGCCCCCAGUUUUCAAGUCAUCCACAUCAACUCUGUGACAGUGGACAACCGGCUAGACAACCUGCGGCUGGUGCCAGUGGGCUGGAGCCCCAAACCGGAGGAAAUUUCCAGCAAACAGAGAGAGCAGUCUCUCUACUGGCUGGCCAUCCAGCAGGUACCGGCCGAUCCGGUGGAGGAGCAGUACCUGGAGCUGAGCCGCACACGCUACUACAACGCUAACGGGGAGCUGGUGGAGGAGGAGGAGUGCUCCUGCACAUACUACGAGUGUCAUUACCCUCCCUGUUCACUCAUUGAGAGGAGGCUCCGGGAGUUCAACAUCUGCGGCCGCUGCCAGGUGGCGCGCUACUGCGGCUCCCAGUGCCAGCAGAGGGACUGGCCCGCCCACAAGAAGCAGUGUCGAGAGCGCAAGCGGGUGCUGGCCCUGGAGUCGGAGCCCGAACGAUGAUCUGCCCUCAUCCUCGACUGGGAGAGGAGGAGGGAGAAAAGGGGGGACAGGGUUUGACUUGUGGGAGGGGAGU